AUGAACUGUCCAUCUCCUCGCUCUCUAUCUAUCUAUCUAUCUAUCUAUCUAUCUAUCUAUCUAUCUAUCUAUCAAAGUUUGAAUAGAUCUCACUCUCUCUUUAUCUAUCUAUCCACCUCUAAACAAAUCUCACUCUGUCUCUCUCUCUCUCGAUACCUUUCUUUUCUUCUUUCUUUAUUUCUUUUUUCUUACGUCUUUCUUUCUUUUUCUUUAUUCCUUUCUUCGUUCUUUCUUUCUUUUUGUCUUUUUUCUUUCUUCUUUCUUUCUUUCUUUCUUUGUUAUUUUUGUUUCUUUUUUUCUUCUUUCCUACUUUUUUCUUUCCUCUUUCUUUCUUUCGUCUUUCAUUCUCUCUUGUUUGUUUGUUUUUUCUUUCUUUCUUUCUCUGUCAAAUUGAUUCACCAUAAAUACGGUUUCCAUUUCACUGAAGUUAUCAUCUCCUCUAACUUUCUUUUCUUCUUUCUUCCUUUAUUUUUUUCUUUUUCUUUCUUUCUUUUUCUUUCUUUCUUUCUUCGUUCUUUCUUUCUUUUGUCUUUUUUCUUUCUUCUUUCUUUGUUAUUAUUUCUUUCUUUUUUCUUUCUUUCUUUCUUUCUUUCUUUCUUUCUUUCUUUCUUUCUUUCCUUCCUUCCUUCCUUUCUUUCUUUCUUUCUUUCUACUGUCUCUCUUUCGUCUUUCAUUCUCUUUCGUUUGUUUGUUUGUUUGUUUGUUGCUUUCUUUUUCUUUUUUCUUUCUCCUUUCUUUUUCUUUCUUUUUCUCUCUUCCUUAUUCUUUCUUCUUUCUUUCUUUCUCUUUCCUUUUUUCUUUCUUUUUCACUCUUCCUUUCUUUCUUCCUUUCUUCCUUCUUUCUUUCUCUUUAUUUUUAAGUAUGUUUUAUUUUUCUCACUGAAUCCAAAUCCUCUUACUUUCUAA